UACUAACGAGCGAAACCGCCAGACUACCACCGAAGAAGCGCGUGCAACCCUUCUUCGGCGCUUCUCGCUCUUUGCGCCUUCAAUGUUUAAGUGCAACCGAGCACACGCAGUGGCUGUACUUCCAACCCAUAACGGUUUAUAAAAUAGAUUAGCGUAACUCCCUGAAAAUAUACAUCAUGUGUUUGCCGUUGUUUUGGGAGUUUAUACUUUCUGAGAGCUAACGUUAGUAGGCCACUAGAGCCUGUUAGCUAGGAAAGGCUGUGGCUGUUGGAUUGCGAUGUUAGCUGCCGGCCAUGGAGUCCUCUUCAGUGUAUAUGUGUUUCCCCUGUUAUCGGGAGUUUCCUACACUGGAGGAAGUGCUCGCUCAUCAGGUGACCUGCACUGCUGAGAAUCCCCAGCUGACCAAUGAGAUGCCUGUUGAGGCGGCAGCUGCAGGUCUUCCACAGGUGGCAGUGCAGUCUGUUUCUGAGAUCCAGAUGCAGACAACAGUGGAUCUGUCUUCUCUACUGGGACAGAAGAAGAUUUCUCCUGGUGAUGCUCCACGUGUUCUGUACCAGUGUGCCGAAUGCGAAGUUCUCUUUGACGCUCUGUCACUCUGGCAACAGCACCGAAAGACGGGCUGUUGCCUCGAGACGGGACCUGGUCCUGGAGUAGCCCAACGAGAAUAUCAGGAGAUUGGCAAGGAACAACCUGCAGAUGAACAGAUGGUUGUGAAAGAAGAGCAAGGGCAACAUGAAGUAAAUGCUUCUCAACAGCGUGUUGCAAUAGGAGAGGUUUCUAAAGGAGUCGCUGAAUCUGAGGUCUCCCAGCAAGGAUUAUCGAGCAACAGUGAACCCGGGGAACCUCCAGAGACCCCAGCACCUCAGAACAAAACAUCCGUAGUGCACUUGUCAGCAGACCAGAGCCCACCAAGACGCAGACGGCAAAAGAAGGACAAGCCCCCUUCCAACUUGCUCUGCGUGGAGUGCGGCCAGAGCUUUAGUCAGGUUUCAGAGCUUGUGACUCACCGUAGGGUUCAACAUAGCUUAAAGGAUGCCAUCCAUUGCUGCACCGUGUGCGGAGAGGGCUUCAUCAACACCACACUGUUCCUCUAUCACCGCAGACAGCAUCGCACAGAGGUGGAGAACGAACCCAAAGAAGUCCCACCUACCGUCCCGCAGCUCUCCACAGCCUUCCUGGAUGCCUCAGGUGAGGGACUCUUGCUUUUAGCAACGGCCGGUGAAGGACAGAGUCUAAUGGAGGUGACCACUCUGGAACAGGCUAUAACUGAGACCCCUGCAGCACACGUGGAGGUAGAGCUUGACGGUAAUGAGAUGGGAGGAGAGGAGGUUCUGCAAAGUGACCAGGAACCUGUAUUAGAAGUCAUUAUGAAAGAGCAGAGUGGCGAAGUCAUGGUGGAGAAGAUCGUGGAGCUAGUGGAAGAGGGCGCAGGGGUAAAUGAAGAAGAAAGAAUGGAGGUGGUUGCUGUUCAGAUUGAAGGACAGCAUUGUGAAGCAGUGGAGGUGGAAAAUAUAGUCGAGACAGAGAAUCGGGGAGAGGCGGAAAGUAAAGCAAAAGAGGAACCUAUGCCGACUUCCUCCUCGGGCACUGAAGGACAGAAGUUUCUCUGCCAUCAGUGUGGAUCCUGUCUUACUAGCGAACAGGAGUUGGCAAAGCACCGCAUGACCGAGCACGAUCUGAUCCCGGCGUUGCACACCUGCAUGGAGUGCGGGGCUGAGUUCAUGAGCACCACACAGUUCCUGUACCAUCGCCGGGAGCAUCGCAAGAACCCACUUGCAGGACAGACACCCACUGCUGGGGAAACUUGCAAGCUCUACCCAACUUCAACUGUCUCCUCUAUUGCGAAAUGCAAGGAUGGCAUGCUCCUCAAACAACCAGCAACGGCAGACGCUACCAUCGAGGCCCCCGCCCAGCUGAGCAGGGACUGGUCUCGCACCGCUCUGCCUCACAAGUGCCCCCAUUGUGGGGAGGGCUUCACGCGCCGCAGCCUGUUGCGUGAGCACGUGUCCCAACACACGGGCAAGAAACUCUUCAAUUGCAAAGUCUGCAAUAAGAGCUUCCCCUCUCCUGCCAGUCUUUUGCGUCACAACCUGACACAUGGAGGGUCCCGUCUGUACAGCUGCUCCCUCUGCAAUAAGAGGUUUUUCCAGUCAACCUCGCUCAAGCGCCAUAUGCUGGUUCACCAGGCGGGAGCCCCGGAAAAUCGGGUCAGAGGCAGGAGAAGAGGAAGAAUUCUAACCCUGGGCGACGGGCGUCUGCACACCUGUCCUGAGUGCCCAGCCAGCUUCAAGUCUGAGUCCCAACUGAUGAGUCACAGGCUUCUGCACACCAGCCAUCCCUUCCCCUGCGAGGAGUGCGGGGAGGCAUUCAAACGUCGCAAGGAGCUGGACCUUCACUCUCUCAUCCACCAAGAUAAAGAACCAAAGACGUGUCCUAGCUGCGGCUCUCAGUUCCUGAAUCAGACAGUGCUGGACACGCACAUGCAGCGCUGCACUGGAGAGCCCACGGUACGCCGCAGGUAUAAGGGACAGGGGCGAGGGAAGGUCGGGGGUCAACUGGAGUGUGAUAUGUGCGGCCACCGCUGUGUCACUCAGGAUGGUCUCGACCUGCACCGGCUCUCUCACACGGGUCAGACGCCACUGCGUUGUCCGCUUACCCCAUGCAGGCGACGAUUUGCCUCCAGCUCUGCGUUGGGGGAACAUCUUUUGGCACACUGCCGCGGUGCAUUGGGCAAAAGAAACGCCCCGCGCCGUUUCACCUGCGACUUCUGUGCGAAGGAGUUCGCCUACGCGUCCACCUUCGCCGUUCAUAUGAGGACGCACACGAACGAACGACCCUUUGAGUGCUCUCAUUGUAGGAAGCGUUUCCGGCAGCUUCCACACCUGCAGGAUCACGAGCGCAUUCAUAGCGGCGAGCGGCCUUUCGCGUGCUGGGUGUGCGGUAAAAGCUUCAGCGUAGCAGCGAGGCUAACAGAGCACGCCCGCGUGCAUAGCGGCGAGCGGCCGUACGCCUGCCCUCGCUGCCCCACUGCCUUUCGUUCACGACCCAACCUCGACAAACACAUGCGUCUCCACGCCAACGACCCCACUGACCCCAAUGCACCAAACAUUCUGGAUGAUGAUGCAGCCGUACAAACUAUCCUCUUAGUACAGGAGUCUGCCUCUUCCUCUCCACCCUCUUCUGCAUCCGGUGUGCCUGUAGUCCAGGAGGGCAUGUUUGUGGCAGACGAUUGCGGCUCAUCUGUGGUUUUUCUUCACCCUAACAUCAGUAUGCCCACCAUCACAGUGCCAGCCAUUUCAAUGCCCUCUCUGACUGUUCCAAACAUCUCUGUGGUGGCAGGUCAAGAUGUUCCUCAUACAAUUGAAGUCAUCUUAGAGGAAACUGUGUAGCGGGUGAAGUCAGAUUAAUGCAAGGGGUAGAUUCAAGGUAGGAGAGGUGUGAAUGUAAAUAAAAUAUGAAUCAGGAUUUGCUACUGCUUUGUGGGUGGAGUAAAGGCAGAUUCAGCAAUGCACAUGUAUUCUUGAGAGAUGGCUCUUUAUUGAGUAGGAUAUAUUAUUGCUUUUGCAAUAAAAAAUAUACAGUGAUUCAGUGUCUUUACCCAGGAGAAAAGAAAAAACA